AUGAGUAUGUCCACGAUUUCUCGAGAGGGAUCUGGAUCGGCUGUGGGACCGCGAUCGCCCCCGAAAAUGAUUGAGUGCGACUCUAGAACGGCAGCGUUCACUAUCAUGACUCCUUCGGCGAUAUCUUGUCGCCACACAUCCGAUUUCUUGCUUUGGACUGUAGACUGUGGCUCAUCAUCCGGAUCGUCAGAGCAGGUGACAUCAUCAUGA